AUUGAUUUUGCUUUGUUUUGGUCUGAUGAUGAAACUCCCUCCUUUCUCUUCUUCUGGCAGCAUUGGGAUGAACAACUCCACCACCUCCGGGCUGGUGGUUGGCCAGUGCCGGCUCAACGACCCUGUGCAGUUCAUCCUGGUGCCGGCCGUCUACUGCCUUGUGUUGUGUGUGGGACUCCCGGGCAACGUGGCGGCCUUGCUGGUCUUCUUACAGAGCGGAAGGGUGAGGAAGGCUAUCCGCAUCUACCUCAUCAACCUGACACUGGCGGACAUCUUCUUCAACCUCACACUGCCAUUCUGGAUCCCUUACUAUCUGGCUGAGGGGCAUUGGGAGCUGCCGGAGGCCUUCUGCCGCUUGGCUGGAGCCACUUACUACUUGGCCACCUACAGUGCUAUGGCCUUCAUGACGCUCAUCAGCCUGAACCGCUACUGUACCGUUGCCAAGCUGGAGAUGGCUUUGAACAGGCCCUUGGGGGCGCUAGUGGGCUGUGCUGUGGCCUGGCUGCUGUGCUUUGCCUGUGCAGUCCCCUCCUUGCUCACCCAGCAGACCUACCAGGUGGAAGCGAUUAGCAUGAAAUGCUUUGAGCAACACUCGGGGAGGAGGAGUUAUGCCUGCGCCAUGGUGGUUCUGUUUGCAGCCUCCUUCUUGGUUGUGUUAGGGGCUUACAUGUCCAUCAUGAGAUCUCUCUCAGCCUCAGCCGGCACCUGCCAAGGUGGGCACCGCCGGCGGGCACGUGCCAUGGUCCUGGGCAUGCUGCUGGUGUUUGUGGUCUGUGUGGCGCCCUACCAUCUUUCUCUGGUUCCCUGGGUGGCUGACCGCAUGGCCGGUUCCUUCUGCAGUCCUCCGUCUUUCUUGGACAACCUACACAUGCUGAGUGUGGCUCUGUUGAGCCUCAACAGCUGCAUCGACCCCCUCAUCUAUUGCUUCUCCAUCAAACGCUUCCGGACUGAUUUGUGGACGAUGGUGCGGAAGGUCGCACGCUGUCUCCCGCUCCCCUCAGCGCUUCCACCACCACCACCAGAAAACAGAUCUCCACCCAAUAUUCGGUCAUCAUCCUUAACUUCCUCAUAGCUGGAGUGAAGGUCCUUCAGAUGGAACUAUCUCAACCUCCCUUUCCAUCAUUUAGACUUGAUGUUUUUGAAUUUGAUAUUGCCUACAGACCUCUUUUUGACCAGAUUGUGGCUUGCAAAUACCAGCCAUACUGUUCCAGUAAGAACAGUUUCCCUGUCUACCAUCCACAUGGAAUUCAUGAGGUUGAAAGGGGGUCGGGUUGGCAGAGCUUAUAGAACCAGGUUUUUCCAACCAUGGUCAAAUCAAGUGAUCCACAACUGGUGCAGAGGUAAAGCACAAUUUUAAAAGGAUCACACAGAAAUGGCUGCAAAUGGGAAUAGACAGUGAAUUACCUGGCCAUAGCUGUAAAGCUCCAGUUAAUAGGUUAUUUUCCUGAAUGGCUUCAUCAUUUUAGUUCAGUGGUAUGCAACCUUCAGCCUGCAGGCCGAAACAGGCCUUAUCAGAUUUCCCCAUUUGGCCUGCAAGGCUGUUUUGGCCAAGCCCCACCAAGCUGCCUGAUGCCCACCUGAUGUCAUAUAUCAGGGCUGGGGAACCUCUGGACCUUCAGAUGUUGUCGGCUGCCAGUUCUCAUCAGCCUCAGCAAUAAUGGCCUAUGGUUAGGGAUGAUGGGAGUUGUAGUCUAGCAACAACAUCUGGAGGGCCAGAGGUUCCCCAACCUGGUCAUAGAGGUGUGGGAUACAUAAAGAUGCAGUUGAGGUUGGUUGUUGUUUUUUUUGAAGGAAGUGAUGAUCAGCUGAUCAGUGGUACUUGCAAAUCCGUGUGCACUGACCUCCAUAUGCACCAAUCCUCAGCGGUUUCUGGGGCUUUCAGCAUGCUGUUUGUGAGACUUUGGAAGCCCUGUGCCUUUGCCUCCACCAUUGAAACUAUGCAGGCAGAAACGGACCACGUGUUGUUGUGAUGUCAGAUGAUUGACAGGUGGGUGGCCCCAGCCACCUGUCAGAUUUGACCCAUGAGGAUUGAGGGGGAUGAGAAUCUGGUGGCUGGAACCAAUGUCCCAACUCCUGUUUUAGGUUAGAAGUUGGCAAAUAGGGGGAUGAUGACAAAUGUGCCGACUCUUCGUUGGCCGGAUAUGGUUCAGGGUGUUCCAGAUGCUGACAUAGGAACAUAAGAAAAGCCUGCUGGACUCUGUACUGAUUGCCCAUCUAGUCCAGCAUCCUGUUCUCAGCCAGAUGCCUCAAAGGGAAGCAUGCAAGCAGGACCUGAGCACAAGUAGCCUCUCCCCUCCUGUAUUUCCAGCAACUGGCCUUCAGAGGCGGAGUGGAGGCAGAACAUACUGUGACUAGAAGCCCUUGGUAGUCUUCUCCUCCAUGACUUGGCCUAAUAAUGGAGGUCCUCCACCCCUGAAGGCCACCCUCCACUUCCCCCUCUCCCUUUACAUUAACGUCCUUUUACUGUUCACAGACAUUGCGCAAUGAAGCAUCUCCUCCCGCACAUCGCAUCAUCUCUGCCUGGGUCAGCUUCUCUUGUUUCUUCAGUCUCCCCAGUGUAGGCUUCUUGCUUCCCUCCCCACAACUUGCUUACCUGCUUUGACUUUUGGAAAUGAACUCCAGUUUGCUUUUCUGGCUUUCAGUGGUGCCUCACCCACCAAGCAUCUUGCCUUGGCUUGGCCUACUUUCUGAAGGAAGGCCAGACUGAAACUUGCUGGUGCUUCACAGAUUAAAAAUGUAGAAAGGACCGAAACAUUGUCUUGGCCUGCUGUAUGUGGAGUUGUCAGCUUUUUAAACAUACCCUUAUUGCUGUGCCUUUCAUCUCGGACCAGAUCACUGCCACAGGUUUUACCCAGACAUUCCUCCUGACUGAGCCUCCUCUUUUAAUUACUGUGUUGUUUUAAUGAGAUCGUUUUAUUGCCUGUUUUAUUUAUUUAUCUAUCAUUACAUUUCUAUCCCGCCAUUCCCCGCCCCCCCCAGGACUCAAGGUGGCGUACAUCAUUCUCCCCAUCCCCAUUUUAUCCUUGACAAGAACCCUGUGAGGUAGGUUAGGCUGAGAGACAGUGAUGAGCUGAAAAGUCACCCAGUGAGCUUCAAUGACUGAGUGGGGAUUUUUGAAGCCUGGUUGGCCAAGUCCUAGUCUGAUACUGUAACCACUAUGCCACACUUUCUAUGCAGGUUUCUAUUCCAAGGUUUUGAGUGGUUUUCAUAUUUCAGUGUUUGAAUUGAUUUGUGUACUUGUAACCCACCAAGAAGCCUAUUUUGACAUUAACCAGUAUAUACAGUGGUACCUUGGGUUACAAACUCUUCAGGUUACAAACGCUUCAGGUUACAGACUCCGCUAACCCGGAAGUAGUAACUCGGGUUAAGAAUUUUACUUCAGGAUGAGAACAGAAAUCACACAGCGGUGGCGCGGUGGCAGCGGGAGGCCCCAUUAGCUAAAGUGGUACCUCAGGUUAAGAACAGUUUCAGGUUAAGAACAGAUCCCUGGAACAAAUUAAGUUCUUAACCUGAAGUACCACUGUAACGUAAUCAUAACUGAGAAAAAAUGUAAUUGCUGGAGCUCCUGCUACUAUUGAAGGCAGAGCUACAGGGAAUGGUUGAAAAGCUGGCAACUCUGGCUGUAGAUAUCCCCCUUUUUUUUGGCAACAGACAGUUGUGUGCUGGCUCCUCCUGAAGCAGGAGGUGGCAGUAAACUGACCAUGAGCACAUUUCCCUUCCCCCCACCCUUUUAAAAAAAACAUCAAUGAAAACAGGGGCAAGAUACAGCCAGGGACACAUACCAGUGAAUAAACACUUUCCCACACCAAUGGGGACAGUCGGUGUGUGUGUGUGUACUCCUUAGAGUGGCAAUUUAUCCAUCACCAAAGAAGAAAGAAAGAAAGGACAAAAGAGGAUACAGAUUUGCAUAAAAUUUGCAUGUGCUAAUUUAUAUGUACAGAUGCAAACUUAGAAAUGAUUACUGUAAUUUAAAUAGAAAUACAGUUCAUCUCUCCAUAGUAGGGAAGACUGUGACCAGGUGUCCUCUGUGCCUGCCUGCUCAGUCUGUUGUCCAAAUGCUGAUGGUGGUGGCUGGCCAACUCUGAGGCCUCUCUUGCUCUCCCUCCUUAUGGUUCUUGUAUCGUUAAAUCAUUCCUGGACUGGACACCCCUUCCAUUAAAGCAGUAGUCUUCAUCUGGGGACUUGUUUCUUAAUUCUGUACCGUCUAUUUGCUCGCUGCUGCUGCUGCUGCUGUAACCCACCUGAGAUCAGGCCAUGUCCCACCAGCUGAAGACCAAUGAAACAGAGGACGGUUUCAAACAGACGACUGGCAGCCCUUCCAAUGGAGGACCGUCCUCUGUAAAGUUGGACAUGGGAGCCACCCUGAUCCCAUAGAAGAACAUGGGACUUCUCCAGUGCCAGAUUUUAUUUAUUCACUCUGGCCUUUUGAACAGUUCUCCAUAAUGUCUGCAGUGCCAAUCAUCUUUCCUCAAGCCAGCGGCAGACAGACCACCUAGGAGAAAGGCCACUGCUCAGUGGUUAAACACCUGCUUUGAAGGCAGGAGUCCCCAGGUUCAAUCGCUGACGUCUCCAGGUGGAGCUGGGAGGGAACCCAGGCUGAAAUCCCAGAGAGCCAGUCAACAAAGACAAACGCUGAGCUAGAUGGACCCAUGGUCUGAUUCAGUAUAAGGCAGCUUAUUACGUCCCUAUAAAAUUCAAAUAAGAAACCAGAGAGCCACGAUGUCAAAGGUUGACCAGGCCCUCAGCAUGCCUCCCAAGCAAUGCUCUGGGCCUGGAGUAAUCAAACAGUAAUUAUUUUAAUUCUUCUUAUUAAUUCUUCUUCUUCUUAA